AUGAAGAUGUUUUGGAGAAUAUUUAUAUGUUUUUGCUCUAUCAGACUACUCUCAUCUGGUAUUCUGGGUUCCCCCAGUUCCAGGGAUGAAGGGAGCUCUCAGCCGUUGCUGAAGUUAGAGGUGAAGACCUCUGAGUUACCUCCAACGUUGCUGCUUCCCCCAGAUUUAGAAAAUGGCCAUGGCCCAUUGCCUCCCCUUCUCAAGGUGCUGUCCGGCCAUAGUCACCAGGAGCUGGAAGGUCGUACCCCAAAACCGCAACCAGAUUCGAGAGCCCUGAGAUACAUGAAGAGGCUAUAUAAAACGUUUGCCACCAAGGAUGGGAUUCCAAAAGCCAACAAAAGUCAUCUCUAUAACACAGUCCGUCUCUUCACUCCGCAUGCUGAAUGUGAGCAUCUCGCGAAGGACCAAGUAAGAGAAGACCUUCACUCAGUGGACCUGCUCUUCAACCUGGACUGCAUUACUGCCUUAGAGCACUUAUUCAAGUCAAUCUUACUCUACUCAUUUGAUAAGUCAGUUUCUAAAUCGUUGACUAUUACAUGUACAUGCAAUCUAGUUGUAAGGGAGCAUAAUGCUUCUAGUCAAAUGUGCCCCAAUAUUUCACAUGCAAUGACUUUUAAUCUCCAUGUUGAACUUAGACGCAAGUGGGUUGAGAUUGAUGUGACCCCUUUUCUUCAGCCUCUGAUAGCCUCUAACAAGAGGAGCAUUCAUAUGGCUGUGAAUUUCACUUGCCUCAAAGAUGACCAGUCUCCCAACUUUAAUAUAGCACUGUUAUCACCUUCACUUCUUAUGUACCUCAAUGACACUAGUCAGCAAGCUUACCAUGGGUGGAAUUUCCUCAAGCACAGGAGAACGAACCCAGCGUUGUCUGGCCCGAAAAAGGGUCCUUUUACAGGUCGUAGUAAAGAAGCAGGAAAAAAACUUAAACAGGGCAAAAGAGCACCUCGUCACCGAAGAGAUGAAGAUGGGAAUGUGGAAAACACACCAGCUCCAAUAUACGAUUUAAGCCAAUACUACAAACAGUACCUCUUUCCCCAAAACGAAUGUGAGCUUCACAACUUUUGGCUGAGAUUCAGCCAGCUGAAAUGGGACAGGUGGAUCAUUGUACCACAAAGAUACAACCCUCACUAUUGUAAGGGUGAGUGUCCAAGAGUAGUUGGGCAUCGCUACGGCUCUCCUGUCCACACAAUGGUACAGAACAUCAUAUAUGAAAAGCUGGAUUCCUCGGUCCCUUGGCCGUCUUGCAUUCCUGCUGAAUACAAACCUCUAAGUGUCUUGAAAGUCGAGCCUGAUAGAUCAAUUGUGUAUAAAGAAUAUGACAAUAUGAUAGCUACUAAAUGUACUUGUCGGUAA